UCUGAUUGGUCCAGAGGUUUUAGCGCGGCGUGCCGUGACCAAUCAGAGGAUUGUUUUCCUGUCACGUCGACGACGGAUAGUAAGCUAACGGAUAAUGCAAACUUAAACUACAAUAAACAACAGGGAUUGUCGCUAAAGACGAAACGGCACCGGGAGAGUUUACUGCUCGAACAGAUUCUUUCUACUUGGACUGUUUUUCGGGGGGAUGUGAUGCGGCCUGCACCGCGAGGACACAGGAACUGGGUGACGUGAGCUAACUAACGUUAGCAACAGAGCGCUAAUUCUAACGUUCCACAAGGCCGCGGAUACAUGGGCUGCUUCCUGUUCUAGCUUAAUUAGUGAUGUAGUUAACUUAACUGUCCGCGGAAUAACAUCACACCUGCUGUAUAAGCAGCUGCUACUCGGCCGAAUCAGUCAAAUAACUGCAUUUACACUUGUUUUGGUUGAGCUAGCAGGCUACCUAGCUUGUUAGACAUUUUCCUAGUCCGCUAGUAUGAGCGAAGUGACGGACUCUAAACAGUCCGCUGACUCUGCGUCGAGGAAACGGUGUCCGCCGUCAUCCGACCAGGAUGAAUGCAGCGCGGUACCCAGCAAGUCCACGAAAGUGAGCAACGCGUUAAACGAGGCGGGGGUUUCAUCGGGAAGCUCCAAAAGUAGCGAAGCCGAGAGUAAAGACACAGCUGGAAACGAGGCAGAGAGGAGAGACGGCAGCGUGGUGGAAGCAGCUGCUCAGAGUUCAGACAGCGCUACACUGCCUGUCAACAAGUUCAGUGCUGGUGACAGCAACACCAAAAAACCACAGUCCUCUGAUGCUCGUGGAUCUGCUGACGUAAAGCAAGUUGCAGAGAAGACAACAGGAGCGUUGCAAGCGCCCUCUGCUCCCCUGCUACAGUCCGAUUCAGCAGCCAUAGCAGCUGCUGAAGCACUCGCCAGUCUCACAGGAGGAGACGGUGAGGACAGUCAAGAGACUCCUUGCUCAUCUGUAAAGGUGAAACAGGCGAAACAGGGGAGCAGAUUCAAACAGCGCGGGGCCCAGCACCAGUCCUCCAGAGUGGGCUCUAAAACACAGGCAGCUGCAGCAGACAGCUCCACAUCUGUGCACAGCACUGACAGAGAGGAUGCAGAUGAUGUGGCCGAAGCAGAGGAAGGUGAUGAGUCUAUGUCUGGGUCUUCGUCUUCACAAAGCUCCUCGUUCCCAUCAGAGAAUGAGGACAAUGAUGAUGGGGAGUGUGCAAUUGUGUCAGUAAAGAUGGCCCCAGAGAUGAGACAGUCGGUGGCUCUCCUCGCACAGGUACAGAUGAGACUGGAAGCCCUCGAGAAGAAAAGUGCCCGGCUUCACCAACGGCUGGACCUGAAGAUAAAUCGACAGAGACGGCCACAUCUGGACCAGCGCAGCACCAUAACAAAAACUAUCCCUGGCUUUUGGGUGACAGCUCUGUUGAACCAUCCUCAUCUCUCAGCUCACAUCGACGAGACGGAUGAAGAUACUCUUAGUUACAUGACUGAUCUUGAGGUAGGAAGUAUUGAGACAUUCAAGAAUAACAAACUGGGCUACAGGAUCCGCUUUCACUUCAGGCGUAACCCGUAUUUCCAGAAUAACAUAAUCAUGAAGGAGUUGCACCUUGGGAUGGGAGGUUCUCCCAUGUCUUUCUCCAACCCCAUCCUAUGGCAUCGUGGACAAAACCUGACGGCCAACAGUGAACCCCGGAAGUCGUCGCAUGGCGUUUACCGGACAUUUUUCAACUGGUUCAGCGACCAUAGCAACCCAGGACAAGAUGAUGUAGCACAGAUACUAAAGGAUGACCUGUACAGAGACCCACUGAGAUACUACCUCACUCCACUGUGGGAACCACGGGAGAACGGCAGCAGUGGCAGCGGAGGCAGAACAGCUGGUAAUGGUAAUGGCGAUGACUGUGUGGUGAUCUCCGACUCGGAUGAUGACCCUGGUGAGGAUGCCGGUGAGGCUGAACAAGGCCAGAGUAGAGACCAGGAAGAGGAAGAGGAGCAGGAUGAGGAGGAGGAGGAGGACGAAGAGGAAGAAGCAGCCGAAGCAGCAGCAGCAGCAGCAGCAGCUGCAGAAGAAGAAGAAGAAGAAGAGGAGGAGGAGAACAGAGGCCGCAGUGCAGGAAAUAUCUCCUCCUCAGACGAGAGCCCAGAAGAGGAAGAUGAAGGUGGAGAAAUAGUGAUUGAUGGCUCUGAUGACAGUGACCAGGAGGAGGAGGAAGAAGAAGAAGAAGAAGAAGAGGAGGAGGAGGAGGAGGAGGAGGAUGAUGAGGUCUAAGCAAGAGGAAGAUGAGGUGUUUCUCAAAGAAGUUGAGUCCUCAGUGGGACCAGAGUUGGAGAAGGUGAAGAGGAGGCUCAGGUCGACGAGAAGUAACCGGAAUCCUUCUUCCUGAUGUUAGUCAUUAUGCACAGAAAAUUUCGUUGAUGUGUUUUUUUUAUACCUAAAAUACACGAGACGCAUUUUAAAUCAGGGUUCACUUUAAUAAUGAAGCCAAGGCAGCAUGUGCCCCUCCCCACAACCCCCUCCAGCCCUCUGAUUUAUAUACAGUUGGUACUGUCCAGUCUGAUGGACUCCGAUUCACCUUUGUGCAAAUACGACUUCAUACAAGCAGAAUUCUUCUAUUUAAUGAAGAACAUUGUAUGACAGCACACACACACACACACACACACGGUGGUUAGAUCAUUCGCCGCUGCUCGCUUGCAUCUAAUGAAAUCCGAGGCAUUACUUGUGGUUUAAUCCGUUUUUAGAACCGACGUGUGACAAGGCAAACAUGCUGCGGGCUGAAUUUGAUAAAAAUGAUGACAGUACAUUUCAGAUGCAACCAGUACUGAACCAAAAUUUGUACUCAGGGAUGAUGAUGAUGGUUUUAUUGAAAGAACUUUACUGAUUCUCACAUAUUUACUCUGGUUAUUAUUGUUGGCUUUGUAUAACUAAACGUGUACUCUACUGUACUAAAUAGAAACCAACACGAUACCUGUGUUUUUUUCUCCCUCCUCUUCUAUAUGUUCGGUCUUGUCACACUGCACACACAAACCCCACGAUUCUGUAGAUUCACACACACUCCUACAAUAAGUACAUGUGUUUUUGUUUUUGUUUUUCUAAGAUUGUAAUUUGUUUUGUUUAGUUUUUUUUCCCCCUUUCUUUAGAUGGUAACUUAAUUUGAAUUUUGCCUUCUUAAACAUUUAAGGUUUGUUUUCACGUCGUAUGUGUUAGGAAUCAUGCUAUCUUCUGAAGAAAAGGUGGUAUUUAUUAUGUUGGUUUUUUUUCCCACACAUCUUGGCAUGCCUGUGAUCAUGAAAUGCAAGACAGGAUGAUUACUAUAUUUACAAGACUGUGUCAGAGGAAACGCACGGUGUCGGUAAAUGUCGUUAACAUCGCAGCGGGGGUGCACUGUUACAAAGCUAGUAUUUGUAUUUGCUUACUUUUCUUAGCAGUGAACUUGUAUAUAAUAUUUCAGCAUUGUCUUUUGGAUAAGACGGAACACGUGUUCAAUGGAUACAUUUAUCAAAUAAUGCGGAGUUUUUUUCAUAAACAUGAUCAGAAAGUUAUAUUUUGUGUGCCGUGUUUUCUAGAACACUGUAGUUUAAAGAUGCCCAUUUGUUCGUUGUUUUGGUUAGUUCAUUAUGUUUGCUUGAAGAUAAAUGUCCACCUUUUGACUCAGACUUAAUAAAACAGGCAGUUGUUUUA